AUGAUAGUUGAAAAAAAAAUAUCAGGAGAAAUUUUUGGUAUAACAAUAAGCAGAAACUCAUAAAAAGUGUUUUUUUUGUUGAUGGGACAUAAAUAAAUAAACCUUGGUUAGAUGAUCAAUUUCUAUUUGAGAAUUAAAUUAGAGUAUUUUGGAAUUCUGAUGGAAAAUACUUACUAGGGUUAGUUCCUUAUUAGAAUCAACAAAUACUAAUAUUUUGGUUAAGAAGAAAACAUGAGUAGGCUAUUUGAGUAGAGUUUAAUAAAGGCAAUAUAUUUUAGAUUAAAGAUAGAAAGUUUUCAUUUGACAGUACAAAAUAAUUUUCGGUUUUCAUGGAAUUUAAUCAAAAUAGAGGAAGGUAUAUUCAAUAAGUAAAGUUCAAAAAAUAUUAAUGAUGGUAUCCUUUGCAAAUUUAUUUAUAUGGUUAUUUGUUUCAACAUUUAAAGAAUCCACAAGAAGGAUGAAUAUCCAGUAACCUAAGAAUUUGUUGACAAUUAUAAAUAAUAAUUAAUAUUUUACAAAAUGAAUUUUUCAAAUGAAAAUAACUCUUUGGGAGGUUACCUGAUAACCAAUAAUAAAAGGAAAUAAAGGUUAGAGAAAUUAUCAAUUCAAAUCAAGUUCACAUAAGAUCAUUAAAUUGUAUAUUCAAAAGAGGGAGCAAUUUUAAGGAUGUAAAAAUUAUUGACGAGUAAUAAAAGAGAUAAAGUUUGUGAUGCUUUCCAGAAUCCAGAAAUAUUUAAUAAUCUGGAUUAUAUCCAUUAUCUUUUUUGGUAAGGUUAAUACUGUAAGAACAAAAUGAAGGUUGGCAAAUGGAUUGUUUUUUGGGAUAAAGUAUUUGUGAAAAAUGUCGGUGGAUAUUAUAAGGAUGGAGAAAAGCAAGGAAUUUGGAUAGAUCUAUUCUUAAAUUAUUAGAAGUAAGAUAUUAUUACAUGACCUUUUGUUUAGUUAAGCACAAAUUUUCACAUCUGGAGAAUAUUAUAAUAACUUUAAAAUGGGUUUUUGGAAAUAUAUUUAUUAAGAUAAGAUGAUGUAAUUAUCUAAUUAAUUGUUUAGCGGUGGUGGAUACUAGAAUAAGUUUGGUUAAAAGUAAGGUAAAUGGAUUGAGCUAGAUGACGGAUUUUGUAAUUCGAAAUAAGUCACUUUUGAAGGUGAAUAUAAAAUGAAAGGUAUGAAGGUAGAUAGAUGGAAUAUAAUGUAUUGCUUUCAAGAAAAAAUGGAUUUAAAGAAAUGUAAAUAUUUUUCAAUUAUAAGGAAUGUAAUAUUUAUUUAUAGUGGUGGUGGAUCAUAUUAUUAACUAAAGGAAUAGAAAAAGAUAGGGAAAUGGGUAGAAUUGGAUGAAGGAUUUUAUGAUUCAAAAUAAGUUACUGAUAAUGGCGAAUAUAACAAAGAAGGUAUGAAAAUAGGAAGAUGGGAUAUUAAUUUUUGCAAAUAUAAUGAGUCGCAUUAUAGAACAAUGUAAAUUUUCAUUAAGAAUAAGGGAUAUAAUAUUUGUAUUUAGUGGUGGUGGAUCAUAUGA